AUGUAUCUCGGCUUCACACUUCCUACCGGCACGCCGACAGCAAUCGGAUCGACUGCGGUCGGAAUCCGUAAAUUCGUCGAGCUGCAGAUGAACUCUCCCAGACCUCCGUCCGCAAUAAAUUUCACGAACGUUCUCCCCCAUAUUGUCAAUGAGUCCAACGACCGACCAACCCAGGUCCUUGGCACGAAAAGUGCCAGGAUUCUCUAUGACGGAGGACUUCGACAGCUCAUCAUCAAACUCACUAGCAGCCCUCAUGAGGUAGCACACAGAAUUCUGUCAAGACAAAUAGAGAAACAAGCCAUGAACAUGGGCAUUCUCAGCGAUCUGUUGCCACUCGGAAAUACCAGAGUCACCUCUGGCGACAUCUCGAAGGAGCCCGACUCUGCGUUCAGGCCCGUGACCAUUCCUGCAGGGCGUGACCGGCGGUGGCCAACUGUGGUCAUCGAGAGCGGCUACUCCGAGAGUACCAUUCAUCUGCGGCAGAUGGCGGAUUUAUGGAUAAGCGAGUCAAACGGACAGGUUAACGUUGUUGUCAUCAUCUCUAUUGAGAGAGCAAGAGGGAGGAUAUUGGAUGAGAAAUGGAUCCCAAAUCCAACACCCCUGAGUACUGGCCCUGCUCUCCGGAGUCGCGGCCGCUCCGCGUUGCGGGAGCAAAGCAUCACUCUCACCAAAGCUCACAAUGGCCCAGCAGCAGUGACCGGGGCGCCCUUGGUCAUUACGUUCCAGGAAAUGUUCCUACGUAAUCCUACGACGGACACGGAGAAGGAUUUUAGGAUAUCAGAACAUGACCUCCAAGAAAUCGCCAAGAUGGUUUGGGAUGAAAUGGAGUAG